CGUGAUCUCAUCAAAAAAAAUUUAUAAAUCAAAUACAACACCACCUUUUUUCGAUUAUCUAUCCUUCAUCACUUUUCUCUCGUAUAUAAAAGUGGCUUCCCCUGUCGCCUCUCUCUCUCAAGCAGUUUGAUUUGUUCGACAACAUAAACCUUAGGGAAGUUGAAAUGCCAACAUUAAUCAUGAAUAGCAAUGUCCAAAGCAUGGCAUUUCUCCUCCUCAUUCUGUGUAGUGCAAUGUGUUACGGUGGUGCCGAGGGAUCAAACUACGGAGGGUGGCAGAGUGCCCACGCCGCGUUCGUUGGUGCUGAUAUUUCGGGCACAAUGGGGGGAGCUUGUGGGUAUGGGAACCCGUACAGCCAAGGUUACGGGACACAGACUGCAGCCCUGAGCACUGUGAUGUUCAAUAAGGGCGCGAGCUGCGGAGCGUGCUAUGAGCUCAGGUGCAGUGGGGACCCUAAAUGGUGUCUUCCGCGCACCAUUAUCGUUACUGUCACCAACUUCUGCCCGCCGAACUAUGCGUUGUCUAACGACAACGGUGGGUGGUGCAAUCCCCCUCGCAAGCACUUUGACCUGGCAGAGCCCGCUUUCCUGCAAAUCGCAGGGUAUCGAGCAGGCAUUGUUCCUGUAUUAUUCAGAAGGGUGCGUUGUGUGAAGAAAGGUGGAAUGAGGUUCACGAUAAACGGGCACUCCUACUUCAACUUGGUCUUGAUCACGAAUGUCGGGGGAGCUGGUGAUGUUGUUGCUGUGUCCGUCAAGGGGUCUCGGACCCGCAACUGGCUUCCAAUGACGAGGAACUGGGGACAGAACUGGCAGAGCAACUCGUACCUCAAUGGCCAGUCCCUCUCCUUCAAAGUCACCACCAGUGACGGUCAGAUCGUCACCAGCAACAAUGCCGUCCCACCGGAGUGGCAGUUUGGACAGACUUUCGAAGGAAACCGAUUUUAAUAUAACAAAGACUGUCGGGGUCGCCAAAAUGGUGGCCUUGUUCUUAAUAUUUGCUAAUGUUAUAUCCGUUGUGUAAUGCGUAGCUCUUACUAUGAAAUCGUGUAAUGCAUAGAUCUUACUAAAACUUUGUGUCCAAGGCAAGUUUUGUACUUUUCGCCUUUUCUCUCCCCACAAAUUACUGCAGAAAAUUGAGAACAAAGAGGUUACAACAAAACCGAAACAUCUACAACUUCAACACAUCCAAACCCACUUUUACAUCCUCACCCCCCCGCAUCAACUCUCAUUCGCUAAACUCAUAAGAAUUUCCACGCAAAUAAUGAACAUACAUCUGCAUUAUCGACGACAAACAUCAUCCUCACCUUUAUCUACCCGACUGAGAAAUCUGUCACUGCACAUGAAAUACAUAACUGUUCCUAGGUUCGACUCAAUAAUUCAACAAGGAAUACUUCAC